UGUACAUCAAAACUGCAGUUUUCAGCUCUGUCAAGAGGAGUGCACAUGUCUACAACGAGCAUUAAAAUUUUCUUCGGAACACCGUCAUAUGCAGGACAGCCAUGAACUCCACUACAGAUAAUAUGGAAGGACUUCAGGCUCAGUUCUUUGGCUGGCUCGACUUUACACUGUUUGUACUCAUGCUGGUAUUGUCGACAAUGAUUGGAAUAUACUUUGGCUUUUGGGGCAAAAAGGAAGAUACACCCAAGGAGUACCUGCAUGGAGGCAAAACGAUGAGCACAAUUCCGGUAGCGGUGUCCCUCGUGGCCAGCUUCUUGUCGGGCAUUAUGCUGAUGGGGGCUCCAACAGAGGUCUACCUGUACGGAACUCUGUACUGGUUGGUGUGUGUGGCCGUAGUGUUCGUCGCGGUUGCCAUGAAUUACAUCUAUUUACCAGUAUUCUACGAGCUGCAGCUCACCUCAACUUACGAGUAUCUACAGCUACGCUUCAGCCGAAGUGUUCGUGUAAUAGCAUCAGUGUUGAGCACAGUUGGGUUACUCCUAUAUAUUCCCAUAGUUGUGUAUGUACCAGCUCUGGCCUUCAGCCAAGUGAGCGGAAUGAACGUACACAUUAUCACUCCGGCCAUCUCCAUUCUCUGCAUCAUCUACACUAUGUUGGGCGGAAUAAAGGCUGUGGUGUGGACCGACUUUCUGCAGGGGUUUGUGAUGGUGGUGGCCAGCUUAGUGGUCAUCGUCCUAGGAGUCAUAGAAGUGGGCGGCAUGGGUACAGUUUGGGACAGGAGUGUAAAUGGAGGAAGAAUUCGCAUAUUCGAGAUGAGUCUGUCCCCUUUCGAAAGGCUGUCGUUCUGGAAUGUUUUGGUGGGCAACACAUUCAACUGGAUCGGGGCAAUUGCUGUAAAUCAGGCCAUGGUUCAGAAAUUCUUAUCCCUGCCUACAUACAAAAAGGCACAAAUAUCACUAAUCCUGCUUGCCGUCGAGCUAAUUGUAAUCACGACUAUCAGCUGUUAUACCGGGCUUCUGAUAUUCGCCAGUUAUCAUGACUGCGAUCCAAUUACUGCUAAGACUGUCUCCAGACCGGACCAACUGUUGCCAUAUUAUGUGAUGGAUAUAGCUGCCUCGAUACCAGGCCUGCCAGGUCUCUUCGUGGCGGGCAUCUUCAGUGCAGCCUUAAGCACUAUGUCCAGCAGUCUCAACGCACUGGGUGCAACUCUGUUCGAGGACUUCAUUCGUCCUUGUUUAAGAAAUAAAAGUUCGGACAAGACGAUCAACAACAUAAUAAAAUGCGUAGUUGUCAUAAUUGGCGCUCUGUGUGUCCUCAUUGUGUUUGUCGUCGAUAAACUGGGCGCUGUUUUACAGCUGACACUGCGUGCGGCGGGGGUUACAAGUGGCGCCAUGGUGGGACUAUUCACUUUUGGAAUGUUCUACCCGCGAGGAAAUUCAAAAGGUGCUCUAGCCGGAAGCAUUAGCAGUUUGCUCCUCAUGGGGUGGGUAGUGUUCGGAACACAGAAGGCGACGUCUGACGGUAGGAUCAAGCUACCAGCACUGCCAGUCUCUGUGAAAGGAUGUGCCCUUAAUGUCACGUUGCCUGAACUGCAAACGAAUGAUGCUUCAGACGACGAUGUCUUCGUGUUGUAUCGCGUCUCCUUUAUGUACUACACGUUGAUGGGGAUUAUCGUUGUGUUUGUUGUGGGAAGUGUCGUCAGCCUACUGACAGAACCGCCGGAUCGCCGAAAUACGGACCCUGCACUCUUCGCCCCAUUCAUGAGGAAGUACGUCAAGGAAAUGAACACUAAAAGAUACGGCACUACAGAACCGGCUGAAGAAGAAUUAAUGAAUAAGACUUUAUGACAUGUCAAACAUUUUGUUAUUUUUACUUUUGUUCGCUGAUUGUGUACCGUGUAUUUCCAUAAACUGAAAUGAUUUUGAGUAAUUUUUAAAAUCGGAUAUUUUUUGUUUGUUUGCGCCUCUUUUUCAAGUAAAGUUGUAUGGCGUGUCUCAUUAUUAUCGCGGGUCCUUGUUAUGAAAUAUUGUUUAUUCUUCGGACGAAUAAAAUA